AUGGCGGCAACCUACUGCGCCUACCCCGCCGCCGCCGCCGCCGCCGCCGCAAACCCUACCAGACGCCGCCUGCAAACCCUAACCGCGCCGGGCGCCCUACCUGCUGCUCGGAAACCCAGCCGCCAACCCCCCACCUUCCUCUCUUUCCGGCUCCCCAAUGCAGCGCUGCCGCCGCUCCGCGUCGCUGGCGCUGACCCGCAGGUUGUAAAUGGCGAAGAUUUCCCUCCUAUGAAUGACCUAAUUCGACUAUACAAGAAAGCCUUUCUAGAUGGAAACGAAGAUGUUGUUAGUGACAUCGAGAAGGCAAUCACUAGCAUGGAGGAAGAGAGAAGUAAAUCAGCUUCUCAGUUUGAAAGUAUCACAGCUGAAAUAGCUUCAGGGAAGAAUAAGUUUCUUCGCUUAAAUGCUGAUCUAGAGAAUUUUCGGAAGCAGACUGAAAAGGACCGUGCAAAGUUUACAUCGAAUAUACAAGUGGAACUUGUACAGAGUCUGUUGCCUCUGGUUGACAGCUUUGAGAAAACAAAUGUAGAGAUCACCCUAGAGACUGAGAAAGAGCAGAAGAUUAGCGCAAGCUAUCAAGGCAUAUACAAGCAAUUAGUAGAAACACUGAAAAACUUAGGCGUAGGGGUUGUGGAAACUGUUGGCAAGCCAUUUGAUCCAGUGGUUCAUGAGGCUAUCGCGCGUGAAGAAUCUACAGAGUUCAAGGCAGGCAUCGUCUCACACGAAGUCCACCGAGGGUUCCUUCUGAGGGAGAGGGUGCUAAGGCCUGCCGCGGUGAAGGUCUCUAAUGGUCCUGGUGACCAAAACGUGAGCUCCACAUCUUCGGAGGAGCCUGUGGAGGAUACCAAAGAGGAUGCCGCUGUGUGA